AUGGUGACCCCCUGCUCCACCAGCCCCGUGAGUCCCGCCGCCCGGGCUGGGAGGCGGGACGACCGGAACCUCCGUGCCCCGGUGAAGAAGAGCAGGCGCCCACGCCUCCGGAGGAAGCAGCCGCUGCAGCCGCUGAACCCCUGCCCGCUACCCGGAGACUCUGGCGUCUGCGACCUGUUCGAGUCCCCCAGCUCCGGCUCGGAUGGUGCAGACAGCCCCGCGGCGCGAGGCUGCAGCCCCCUACCCGGUCCUGCCCAGCAGCUGGUGCAACUUGAUCUACAGACCUUCCGCGACUACGGUCAGAGCUGCUACGCCUUCCGCAAGGCGCGGGAAAGCCACUACCACCCGCGGGAGUCAUUGGCGCGGCAGCCACAAGUAACGGCGGAAUCCCGCUGUAAGCUGCUCAGCUGGCUAAUCCCCGUGCACCGCCGGUUCGGCCUCUCCUUCGAGUCGCUGUGCCUGACGGUGAACACUCUGGACCGCUUCCUUAUCACCACGCCUGUGGCUGCAGACUGCUUCCAGCUGCUCGGGGUCACGUCCCUGCUCAUCGCUUGCAAACAGGUGGAGGUGCACCCGCCGCUCGUGAAGCAGCUCCUGGCCCUGUGCUGCGGCGCCUUCUCCCGGCAGCAGCUCUGCAACCUCGAGUGCAUCGUGCUGCACAAACUGCACUUCAGCCUGGGCGCGCCGACCAUCAGCUUCUUCCUGGAGCAUUUCACGCACGCACGCGUGGAGGCCGGGCAGGCAGAGGUGUCCGAAGCCCUGGAAGCGCAAGCCCUGGCGCGCGGGGUGGCGGAGCUGAGCCUGGCUGACUACGCUUUCACCAGCUACACCCCCUCCCUGCUGGCCGUCUGUUGCCUGGCGCUGGCAGACCGUAUGCUGCAGCUCCCUCGCCCGAUGGACUUGCGCCUGGGCGGGCACCCCGAGGCGGCGCUGCAGGACUGCCUGAGCAAGCUGCAGCUACUGGUGGCCAUAAACAGAACGUCCCUGACUCACAUGCUGCCCCUCCAGAUCUGCGAGAAGUGCAGCCUGUCCCCGAGCUUGAAAUGA